GGCGGGGAAAAACGGGUGGGGAAAAAAAUAAUAAAGCGUCAAGUUGAGCAUCAAAACAAAAAAAAAAAGAAAAGAAAGAAGGAAAAUGGCGGAUCUGUCACUGUAUCUUACAAACACUAACGUGUCUCUGGGACAAACUAUGGAACCUGAGAAAAGCUCCAGUGUAGUGAAGGACUUUGAGAGCGUGGAGCUCAGUGACUCAGCAAGGAAGCAGAAGGUUCCACGCAGAACCAUUUACUUUGCCAGUGGUGAGACUAUGGAGGAGUUCAGCACCGACGAGGAAGAGGAGGAGGAAGAGGAAGAGGAGCAGCGCAAACAGACUGCCAUGAGCACCAUCGACACGUCGAAAUUGACAUGGGGUCCAUAUUUCUGGUUCCACAUGUGGAGAAUGGCCACCAACACCAUUUCAGUGUGUGAUUAUCUGGGAGAGAAGUUGGCAUCAAUGCUAGGCAUCACCACACCCAAGUAUCAGUAUGCAAUCGAUGAGUACUACAGGAUGAAGAAAGAGGAGGAAGAGGCAGCAGAGGAAGACCGUCUUUCUGAAGAAGCUCAGCGGCGUUUCGACAAUCAGCAGCGUGAUAAAGAUCAGAACCCGACUGUGGAGCAGCCUGAAGGGACGAGUUCCUUCGUCAACAUGAGCUUCGAAGUGGAACAAGAGUCAUCCUCGUGAUCAAGUGCCUUUUCUCCACAUCAAUCUCUCUCUGUGGACCGAGUGACAUCACUGAUUCCUUCCUUUAUAUAAUAAUAUAUUUAACCAAGGAAACAAUUCCAACUGAGUGCACUCCUGACCCGUUCAUAUCUACAGCUGUGUGUGUGUGUGUGUGUGUGUGUGUGGUCAUAUAUAUACACGCUAAGUGCAUUAACAACUGUGUGUGUUGUGAUUUUACACUUCUGAGUGGUGGAGUAAGACGAGACGCUACACACCUGUGUCUAAUCAUCUGAUCAGAACACAAACAUCACGUCUCCUCACUGCUGAUCCCAUUCACUUCUGUGUGGUUUCUCAGUAACAUGACGAGCUGAGACAGUUAUGUCUUAUUAACAUGAACAGAGAGAAUCUGAGAGAGAGUCUGGUGAGGGAACCACUGUUUACAGCUGUUAAAACAUACACUAUAUUGCCAAAAGUAUUGGGACACCCCUCCAGAUCAUUGAGUUCAGGUGUUGUUUUUCAGGGGUUGGGCUCGGCCCCUUAGUUCCAGUGAAAGGAACUCUUAAUGCUUCAGCUUCAUACCAAGACAUUUUGGACAAUUUCAUGCUCUUUGUGGGAACAGUUUGGGGAUGACCCCUUCCUCUUCCAUGACUGUACACCAGUGACCAAAGCAAGGUCCAUAAAGACAUGGAUGAGCGACUUUGGUGUGGAGGAACUUGACUGUCCUGCACAGAGUCCUGACCUCAACCCCAUAGAACACCUUUGGGAUGAAUUAGAGUGGAGACUGUGAGACAGACCUUCUCGUCCAACAUCAGUGUCUGACCUCACAAAUGUGCUUCUAGAGGAAUGGUGAAAAAUUCCCAUAAACACACUCCUAAACCUUGUGGAAAGCCUUCCCAGAAGAGUUGAAGCUGUUAUAGCUGCAAAGGGCGGGGCAACUCCAUAUUACAUUCAUGUGCAGGUGAAGACAGAUGUCCCAAAACUUUUGGCAAUAUAGUGUAAGUGAUGACAGGAACUCAGCUGUUUAAUGGAGCUUCCACAGAUUUAAACAUAACUAUAAUCAGAUAAAAAGUAUGAGGUGUCGUUUAACAUCAGCACCCUGUCUACAGGCACCUGAGAUCCUCCUGAGAUCCACCUCACAUGAUUGUCUCUUGACUUUUUUCCCCACUCCUGCUUCUAAGUGAUGUGAUGUCUCACAGAGAUCAACCCUUUCUGUGAUCUGUUUCUCACUCAGUGUCCUUCACUGCUCCAGAAGCUGCAGUCUCUCAUGUUACUGAUCAUUUUCUGUAGGAAGAAUAUUCAAUCUUAUAUUUAAACAUGGAGUUGAAGGAUAAGUCUCUAUGGCUCUAUCUUCUGUGACGGUCAGAAGUGUUUCCAGUAGAUUCACACUGACCAAUCAAAUCGUACAGGGUUACAGAAACGUUCACAUUAACCAAUAAAAGCAGAGAGGAGGCACAGUUUAGUGCAAACUGACCAUCAACUGACCAUCAUCAAACCGCUGAAUCUUUGUUUUAAUUCAGAAGGUUUCAUCGUGUGAAGAUUGAGUUUGAUCUCACAGAUUACAUUUUUCACUUUAUAUUUAUUUGAUUAUUUUUUUUAGGUGAUGUUUAGAUGAUGUUAAUUUAAUGUCGUGAGUCUGAUGUUAUCUUGUGAUGAAGUGAAGUCUGUGAUGUCAUGAGUGGGCUGGACUCUUAGCAUAUGCUCUCACCCUGCAGUCAUUCUGAUCAACUGACCGUUACCUGAUGAGAUCAUUUCCUUCUCUGACAGGUGUGUGUGUGUGUGUGUGUGUGUGUGUGUGAUGUAAACAGAUGUAAAAAUGAGGAAAUUGCUUUAAUCUGUUUACAUCAAUCACAACUUUGAAAAACUGUAUCAUUUAUUUCUGUACAGUUCCUUUACAUCUCUCUCUCUUUCUCUCACUCACUCACGAUAAACUUGUUUAAAUAAAACUGUACAUAAUGUGACUCACUUUAAUAAACUAUUGAAACAUC